AUGCUGGAGACUGUCUCCUUGCCUGUACCACCAAGGUAAACACAUGUAUGUCUUAAGGACUCUGUCCCCCUUACCUGAAGUAUUAAGGUAAAAACAUGAGUUUUACUAAUUCUAUCCCUUUACCUUUACCUCCAAAGCAAAAAAGUAUAAAUACUAUCCUGCCAUCUAGCCUGCCGUUUCACCUGCCAUCUCACCUGCCAUCUCCCCUGCCAUCUCACCUGCCAUCUCACCUGCCAUCUCACCUGCCAUCUCACCUGCCAUCUCACCUGCCAUCUCACCUGCCAUCUCACCUGCCAUCUCACCUGCCAUCUCACCUGCCAUCUCACCUGCCAUCUCACCUGCCAUCUCACCUGCCAUCUCACCUGCCAUCUCACCUGCCAUCUCACCUGCCAUCUCACCUGCCAUCUCACCUGCCAUCUCACCUGCCAUCUCACCUGCCAUAUCACCUGCCAUCUCACCUGGGACAAUUUUAUUUAAGAUCUUUGUUCAAUUUUUAAAAAAAAUAUCAAAAAGAAAUCUUUAGAGCAGUGGCUCUCUGAACCUUUUAUCACCACUAACCCCCCUGUUGAAUUCAAUUUUCAUUAUUCUCAGAGUUAGUUUUUCAACCCCCCAAACAUUUUAUAAUGAUGUCAAAAAUUUUCCUAUUUUUAAUCAGUUAAUACAUUUAAACUGUAUUCUUUUAUGAACUCAAUUAUAAGAUGAAAUAUUUGAUCAAUUAAUUCGUUCAUUUAUUUAGUGACAGUUUUAAACAUCUAACUUUUUCAAUGGUGAAUGAUUUUCACUGUGAUUGAUGCAUGGGCUUUUUGGUGCCGACAGAGUGAUGAAUGCCUGUUUGGAAUGCCUGGUUUAAAGUCUCUGUAGAAAAUCUUCUUUCACUUUGCUCAUAUUUGUUGGAUGUACUUUACUUUGAACAAAACGGGUAAACACAAAUCAUCUUCCACCAAAAGGUAGAGAGUAUGUUAGAAGGCAGCACAGAGCUUUCUGAGGGAGAGAGUAUGAAAAGACAAUUAUUAUCAUAAUGAAAAUGUUAUCUAGUAUAUUGCCAAUGGUAUGACAGUUUAUUUUUUACCCUUAGCGAAAUGCUUCGUAACAUUUUAUAAACUUCAACAACCGCAUUAAUCAUAAAAAUGGAUUUUCAUCCCAACAUGAGACUUCCUUCAAAAGAAAACUCUUUGUAUCACUCUCAUCUUGAAAAUCAUCUUUCUCUUCCAAGACUGAUGUGCUAGUAACUUAGUAGAACUUGGGUUGCAAUAUUUUUAUGUAAGUGGAAGUGUAAUUUGUAUUCCAAAGUAAGUAGCACAGUUUCAUUUUUAAGAGACUGGUGUCAUUACCCUGCAGAUGUAAAUUAAUGAUAAGUUAUGUUGUGUGGGAUAUCUUGGGAGUCAACACCAUGAUAAGCACUGUUGUGUGGGAUAUCUUGGGAGUCAGCACCAUGAUAAGUACUGUUGUGUGGGAUAUCUUGGGAGUCAACACCAUGAUAAGCACUGUUGUGUGGGAUAUCUUGGGAGUCAGCACCAUGAUAAGUACUGUUGUGUGGGAUAUCUUGGGAGUCAACACCAUGAUAAGUAAUGUCGCGUGGGAUGUCUUCGGAGUCAGCACCAUGAUAAGUAAUGUCGCGUGGGAUGUCUUCGGAGUCAACACCAUGAGAAGUAAUAUCGCGUGGGGUGUCUUCGGAGUCAGCACCAUGAUAAGUAAUGUCGCGUGGGAUGUCUUCGGAGUCAGCACCAUGAGAAGUAAUGUCGCGUGGGAUGUCUUCGGAGUCAACACCAUGAGAAGUAAUGUCGCGUGGGAUGUCUUCGGAGUCAGCACCAUGAUGAGUAAUGUCGCGUGGGAUGUCUUCGGAGUCAGCACCAUGAGAAGUAAUUUUUCCAGCCGCGUUGGUAAAAAUCAAAUGUGUACAGCAUCGCUCUCAGCACACAGCUUCCUGGAUUGUCAGUCAUUUUGAACGUGUUCUAAAAUUUAAUUUAACUCUAACCCUAAUGAAAGGCACUGACAUUUUUAGAUGACAGAUUGUGGCCAUAAAUGAUGAAAAAAAUAAUUGUUUAUGACCAACCAAAUAUUGUUAAAGUCACGGUGAUUCAAAAUUUACAUUUGUAUGCUUUAUAUUAGAUUUUUUUAAAUGGACAGAACUAAUCUAAAAAAUAAAAGUUGGGCCAUGUUCACCUUGUUUUUCGAGCUAGGUUUCUUAAAAAUAUUAGAUUUGAGGUAACUCUUGUCAAUAUUUGACAAUUUGUUUUGUAUUAGUUAUGUCCCUUGUGCUGAAAGGUUCCAUCCAUUCCUUGUGACACAGAUUUGACCUACCUUACCACUUCCUUCCACCCAGACAUACCUGAUGAUUUUCUUUCCCUUGCUUGGAUUCCCAGCUGCUGUAGGUCUUAUUCCACAUCAUCCAUCCAUCUAAGCCUAGGUCUGCCUUUGAGGCGUUUUCUUCUGGGUAUUGAUGGUGCACCCUCUUUACUCCUCUGUCAUUUGGCAUUCUCUCUAAGUGUCCUGCCCAGCUUAGCUUGUCCUUUUUUUUAUUUCUGCUUCUAGCAUGGGAUCCUGAUGCAGACUGUAUGAAUCCUGGUCGGUUUGUAUUGUCCAAUCCACAGUCAUCCUUUGUUGGUCCGUGGGUUUUCCAAAGGAAACUUCUCUCCCAUGGGUCCUCUGGCGUUUUUGUUACGAUACGAAAGUUUCUGUCCAUUCUCAACUGCCCUCUACCCCAGCACACACGAAAGUUUCUGUCCAUUCUCAACUGCCCUUGACCCCAGCACACACGAAAGUUUCUGUCCAUUCUCAACUGCCCUCGACCCCAGCACACACGAAAGUUUCUGUCCAUUCUCAACUGCCCUCGACCCCAGCACACACAUUUUAAAUGUAAAAAAAAACAGACGGUGGCUUUUUUUUUAAAAAAAAAGCAAAUUCUAUUUUCAUUAAUAAUUUGUCACCAUUUUUUUGUGUGGAGUCAAGGGGUGGGGGCAAUUCUUAAAAAGAGCGUCACUUGUAUGCAAGUUUUAUCAAACUUUCAGGCCCCCCCCCAAUUGCUCGAUAAAACAAUUUAUAAAGGGGUCAUACAAACAAUAUGUGUUUAUGUGUUGUUGAAUUAUUCUGUGAACUUUUGUUGAAUUAUUCUGUGAACUUUUGUUGAAUUAUUCUGUGAACUUUUGUUGAAUUAUUCUGUGAACUUUUGUUGAAUUAUUCUGUGAACUUUUGUUGAAUUAUUCUGUGAACUUUUGCUGAAUUAUUCUGUGACCUUUUGUUGAAUUAUUCUGUGAACUUUUGUUGAAUUAUUCUGUGAACUUUUGUUGAAUUAUUCUGUGAACUUUUGAUGAAUUAUUCUGUGACCUUUUGUUGAAUUAUUCUGUGACCUUUUGUUGAAUUAUUCUGUGAACUUUUGUUGAAUUAUUCUGUGAACUUUUGUUGAAUUAUUCUGUGAACUUUUGUUGAAUUAUUCUGUGAACUUUUGUUGAAUUAUUCUGUGAACUUUGUUGAAUUAUUCUGUGAACUUUUGUUGAAUUAUUCUGUGAACUUUUGUUGAAUUAUUCUGUGAACUUUUGUUGAAUUAUUCUGUUACCUUUUUUUUGAAUUAUUCUGUGAACUUUUGUUGAAUUAUUCAGUGAACUUUGUUGAAUUAUUCUGUGACCUUUUGUUGAAUUAUUCCGUGAACUUUUGUUGAAUUAUUCUGUUACCUUUUUUGAAUUAUUCUGUGACCUUUUGUUGAAUUAUUCUGUGAACUUUUGUUGAAUUAUUCUGUGAACUUUUGUUGAAUUAUUCUGUGAACUUUUGUUGAAUUAUUCUGUGAACUUUGUUGAAUUAUUCUGUGAACUUUUGUUGAAUUAUUCGUCGAACUUUUGUUGAAUUAUUCUGUGAAAUUUUGUUGAAGUAUUCUGUGAACUUUUGUUGAAUUAUUCUGUGAACUUUUGUUGAAUUAUUCAGUGAACUUUGUUGAAUUAUUCUGUGAACUUUUGUUGAAUUAUUCUGUGAACUUUUGUUGAAUUAUUCUGUGAACUUUGUUGAAUUAUUCUGUGAACUUUUGUUGAAUUAUUCUGUGAACUUUGUUGAAUUAUUCUGCGAACUUUUGUUGAAUUAUUCUGUGAACUUUGUUGAAUUGUUCUGCGAACUUUUGUUGAAUUAUUCUGUGAACUUUUGUUGAAACCUCGCUAGCUGUGGUGAAAUAGAUUCAAAUGAAGCAGUUGUUAAAAUGAAGCAGUUGUUGCCCCAUAUUGCCCCAUGUCUUUACGAGAUUAUUUCAGUGUACUCAUUGAGCACAAUGUUUUAGAAUGCAUACUCUGAGUCACCCAGACUUUUUCACGGAAACCGACUUGAGAUUUACUUGUAUCAUGAUACAAAUGAUUGCAUGACUGGGUCUUCAAAUCAUUGCUCAAAUCAACUCAAGGGUUAAAAAGAAAAAAAAAAAAAGAUAUAUCAGUGGCGUCACUAGGGGAACGCAAGCGGGAGGAGGAGGCGAGACAGACUGGAAGACUCAAGCCCUAGUGACGCCGCUGAGGGAUAUGGAUGUUUAACAAGGGGUGUAACAAAGCCCCCAACUGAAUCCAGAAGGCAGUUUACAGAAUGAUGGAGGAAUUGGAGACAACAAUGAUGUCCAAUGGAUCUAGGAUGAUGUCCAAUGGAUCUAGGAUGAUGUCUAAUGGAUCUAGGAUGAUGUUCAAUGGAUCUAGGAUGAUGGGGGAAUGGGAGACAAUAAUGAUGUCCAAUGGAUCUAGGAUGAUGUCCAAUGGAUCUAGGAUGAUGUCCAAUGGAUCUAGGAUGAUGUCUAAUGGAUCUAGGAUGAUGUUCAAUGGAUCUAGGAUGAUGGGGGAAUGGGAGACAAUAAUGAUGUCCAAUGGAUCUAGGAUGAUGUCCAAUGGAUCUAGGAUGAUGUUCAAUGGAUCUAGGAUGAUGUUCAAUGGAUCUAGGAUGAUGGGGGAAUGGGAGACAAUAAUGAUGUCCAAUGGAUCUAGGAUGAUGUCCAAUGGAUCUAGGAUGAUGUCUAAUGGAUCUAGGAUGAUGUUCAAUGGAUCUAGGAUGAUGGGGGAAUGGGAGACAAUAAUGAUGUCCAAUGGAUCUAGGAUGAUGUCCAAUGAAUCUAGGAUGAUGGGAGAAUAGGAAACAAUAAAAAUUUCCAAUGGAUCUAGGAUAAUGUCCAAUGGAUCUAGGGUGAUGGGGGAAUGGGAGACAAUAAUAUGUCCAAUGGAUCUAGAAUGAUGUCCAAAGGAUCUAGGAUGAUGUCCAAUGGAUCUAGGAUGAUGGAGGAAUCGGAGACAAUAAUGAUAUCCAAUGGAUCUAGGAUGAUGGAGGAAUGGGAGACAAUGAUGUCCAAGGGAUCUAUGAUGAUGAAGGAAUGGGAGACGAUAAUGAUGUUCAAUGAAUCUAGGAUGAUGAAAGAAUUGGAGACAAUAAUGAUGUCCAAUGGAUCUAGGAUGAUGAAAGAAUUGGAGACAAUAAUGAUGUCCAAUGGAUCUAGGAUGAUGGAUGGAUCUAGGAUGAUGAAGACACGGGCAUUUGACAGACAAAGAAAGUAAACGUGAAACAAAUGGGGGAGGUGGGGGCGGAAUUCCUACUCUAAGACUUUUGAGGAUAUGGAGGUGGAGUGGGGACAACUGUCUCCCUGUGGCGUCUCGGCCGUCAAUAUAAACAAACACUGGCUUCGGACCACAAGUGUCAAAGUUAAGUCGUCUAAUUUAUUAGCACGUUAGCCCCCGGGCCUAUGUCUUAGCACUCACUGCCCGUUAGCCCCAAGGCCCAUGUCUUAGCACUCACUGCCCGUUACCCCCCAGGCAUAUUUCUUAGCACUCACUGCCCGUUAGCACCCAGGCAUAUUUAUUAGCACUCACUGCCCGUUAGCCCCAAGGCAUAUUUCUUAGCACUCACUGCCCGUUAGCCCCAAGGCCCAUGUCUUUGCACUCACUGCCCGUUAGCCCCAAGGCAUAUUUCUUAGCACUCACUGCCCGUUAGCCCCCAGGCAUAUUUCUUAGCACUCACUGCCCGUUAGCCCCCAGGCCAAUGUCUUAGCACUCACGAUCCCUUAGCCUCCAGGCCAAUGUCUUAGCACUCACGGUCCGUUAGCCUCCAGGCCAAUGUCUUAGCACUCACGGUCCGUUAGCCUCCAGGCCACUGUCUUAGCACUCACUGCCCGUUAGCCUCCAGGCCAAUGUCUUAGCACUCACUGCCCGUUAGCCCCCAGGCAUAUGUCUUAGCACUCACUGCCCGUUAGCCCCCAGGCCACUGUCUUAGCACUCACACCCCCAGGCCAAUGUCUUAGCACUCACGGUCCGUUAGCCUCCAGGCCUAUGUCUUAGCACUCACGGCCCGUUAGCCCCCAGGCCUAUGUCUUAGCACUCACUGCCCGUUAGCCCCCAGGCCACUGUCUUAGCACUCACUGCCCGUUAGCCCCCAGGCCAAUGUCUUAGCACUCACUGCCCGUUAGCCCCCAGGCAUAUUUCUUAGCACUCACUGCCCGUUAGCCCCCAGGCCAAUGUCUUAGCACUCACGGUCCGUUAGCCUCCAGGCCAAUGUCUUAGCACUCACGGUCCGUUAGCCUCCAGGCCAAUGUCUUAGCACUCAUGGUCCGUUAGCCUCCAGGCCCAUGUCUUAGCACUCACUGCCCGUUAGCCCCCAGGCAUAUUUCUUAGCACUCACUGCCCGUUAGCCCCCAGGCCAAUGUCUUAGCCCUCACUGCCCGUUAGCCCCCAGGCCAAUGUCUUAGCACUCCCAGCCCGUUAGCCUCCAGCCCCAUGUCUUAGCACUCACGAUCCCUUAGCUUCCAUGCCCAUGUCUUAGCAUUCACGACCCGUUAGCCUUUAGGCCCAUGUCUUAGCACUCACGGGCAGUUAGCCUCCAGGACCAUGUCUUAGCACUCAAGGCCCGUUAGCCUCCAGGACCAUGUCUUAGCACUCACUACCCGUUAGCCCCCAGGUCCAUGUCUUAGCAUUCACGGCCCAUUAGCCUCCAGGCCCAUGUCUUAGCACUCACGACCCGUUAGCCUCCAGGCCCAUGUCUUAGCACUCACUUUAAGAUUGUGUCAACGAAACCUCAGAUCCACGGUUCCAGGAACUAUGUGAGGACAAACCAUGUAGCGCAGGACUGGGGGUUGAGAGGGUAGUGUCUUGGUAGGGUGGGGGAGGGGGCGUUGGUGGUGAGCCAGACAAAGUCUGUGUAAUGCUUGUGGAGUAGCCAGCUCAGACCGGAAGUACUGUUUUGACAAAGUGGCAACAUCGCCAAAGCUUCUCAUAUCCUAAUUGCAGUAUUAUUAGUGAUAAGUAGGGUUUUGGGGGGCCAGUGAUAAGUAGGGUAUCAAGACUGUCUGGACAGGGGGUCAAGUCUAUGUGUCACACUAUGUUAUAUGAGGGAUAAGAUGGAAAUCAAGUCUGUCUUGACAUGAGGUCAGUGAUAAGAAGUGUAUCAAGUCAGUCUGGAAAUUGGGUCAGAUCUAUCAAUCUAUGUAUAUAUACAGAUUUUGGGAAUUGGCAUUUAAAAAUAUAAUAGUGUUAAUCUGAGAGCAUGGUCCUGUUAUAACUUGUCAUCAAGUCCCAUUCCUCCGUUUCUAUCUUGCACACACACACAAAAAACAAAAAAAACAUUCAACAGUCCCUAUCAUGUCUAACCAGGAUAUUAUGUUAGUCAGACAGUCUCUUACAGUCUGCACAGACAGAUUUCCCCGUCAUUUCCAUAAUUGCGCUAUCAUCACGUACAUUUGAUUCAACUCUUCCACGUGGGAAGACGAAUGAUUUUUUUUUCUGGCCUGGAGCUUUCUUGAUUAGCCUUAUCUUGGACGUAUCUCAAUAGUAGCUGUUACGUCUUGGCGCGAGUAAAAAAAAAAUGUAAUUGCUUCCCUCUAAUGACUUGGCGUAAAUGUCAUGAAGAGGGCCGUCUGGCCCAGCUGUUAACCAACUACCACAGAGUAAGCUUACUCUUGAGUAAGCUUACUCUUACAUCUACCCGCACUGUCAGAGUGUAACACAGAGAAGGCAAGAGCAGGCUUACUCUUACAUCUACCCCGAUGUCAGAAUAUAACACAGAGAAGGCAAGAAUAGACUUUCUCUUACAUCUACCCGCUGUCAGAGUGUAACACAGAGAAGACAAGAAUAGACUUACUCUUACAUAUACCCGGUUGUCAGAGUGUAACACAGAGAAGGCAAGAAUAGACUUACUCUUACAUCUACCCGGCUGUCAGAGUGUAACACAGAAGGCAAGAGUAGACUUACUCUUACAUCUACCCGGCUGUCAGAGUGUAACACAGAGAAGAUAAGAAUAGACUUACUCUUACAUCUAUCCGGCUGUCAGUGUGUACCACAGAAGACAAGAAUAUACUUAUUCCUACACUUACACGGCUGUCAGAACAUAAAGUUAUUGUUCAUUCUUUGUUUAAACCAAAGGUAAUUGACCCAUCCCACAAUCCCCAGUUUUUGCCUUGCACAAAGUUUAUACUGAUACUUAUAAGAGGUGCCAAAGUUUAACUUUCCCGGGAUGCCAAAAUUUUAACUCGCCCAGGGCGCCAGCAACCGUAGGGGCCGGCCCUGUAUCAGACUGUUCUAGUGUAGUUACUGGCGUGUGGAAAAUUCGCCUAAAUCUUUGUAUUUAAUCAUUCAGUCAAGUCAAGAUUAAUUGAGGGUUUUUUCAUAACGUUUUCGUAUAUUCGUUGAUCUCAAACUCACUCGCCCUCCUUCGAUGGCUCUACCAACCAUUGUUCUCAAACUCAAUCGUUCUCCUUCGAUGGCUCUACCAACCAUUGUUCUCAAACUCACUCGCCCUCCUUCGAUGGCUCUACCAACCAUUGUUCUCAAACUCAAUCGUUCUCCUUCGAUGGCUCUACCAAACAUUGUUCUCAAACUCACUCGCCCUCCUUCGAUGGCUCUACCAACCAUUGUUCUCAAACUCAAUCGUUCUCCUUCGAUGGCUCUACCAACCAUUGUUCUCAAACUCACUCGCCCUCCUUCGAUGGCUCUACCAACCAUUGUUCUCAAACUCAAUCGUUCUCCUUCGAUGGCUCUACCAACCAUUGUUCUCAAACUCACACGCCCUCCUUCGAUGGCUCUACCAACCAUUGUUCUCAAACUCACGCGCCCUCCUUCGAUGGCUCUACCAACCAUUGUUCUCAAACUCACUCGCCCUCCUUCGAUGGCUCUACCAACCAUUGUUCUCAAACUCACUCGCCCUCCUUCGAUGACUCUACCAACCAUUGAUCUCAAACUCAAUCGCUUUCCUUCGAUGGCUCUACCAACCAUUGUUCUCAAACUCACUCGCCCUCCUUCGAUGGCUCUACCAACCAUUGCUCUCAAACUCAAUCGCUCUCCUUCGAUGACUCUACCAACCAUUGUUCUCAAACUCACUCGCCCUCCUUCGAUGGCUCUACCAACCAUUGAUCUCAAACUCAAUGCUCUCCUUCGAUGGCUCUACCAACCAUUGAUCUCAAACUCAAUCGCUCUCCUUCGAUGGCUCUACCAACCGAAUAUAAAAAAAAAAAAACAUACACACCAUUUAGCCUAGUUUCAGUUCGGAAAGAAGUUGUGUUGAAGUUCAAAGAUCAAGGUUAUUUAUCUCAAACUCAAUGCUCUCCUUCGAUGGCUCUACCAACCAUUGAUCUCAAACUCAAUCGCUCUCCUUCGAUGGCUCUACCAACCGAAUAUAAAAAAAAAAAAAAACAUACACACCAUUUAGCCUAGUUUCAGUUCGGAAAGAAGUUGUGUUGAAGUUCAAAGAUCAAGGUUCAAUGUCAACGAGAAGAAAUUAAUUCACAUAUAACUUUCUUAAUCUAUGGACCUAACUUUCCUAAUCUAUGGACCUAACUAUCCUAAUCUAUGGAACUAACUUUCUUAAUCUAAGCACCUAACUUUCUAAUCUAUGGACCUAACUUUCCUAAUCUAUGGACCCAACUUUCCUAAUCUAUGUAACUUACUUUCCUAAUCUAUGGACCUAACUUUCCUACUCUAUGAACCUAAAUUUUCUUAGCUAUGGAACUAACUUUUCUAAUCUAUGGACGUAACUUUCCUAAUCUAUUGACCUAACUUUCUUAAUCUAUGGACGUAACUUUCCUAAUCUAUUGACCUAACUUUCUUAAUCUAAGGACCUAACUUUCCUAAUCUAAGGACCUAACUUUCCUAAUCUAAGGACCUAACUUUCUUAAUCUAUGGACCUAACUUUCCUAAUCUAUGGACCUAACUUUCUUAAUCUAUGGACCUAACUUUUCUUAGCUAUGGACCUAACUUUCCUAAUCUACGGACUUCACUUUCCUAAUCUAUGGACCUAACUUUCCUAAUCUAUGGACCUAACUUUCCUAAUCUAUGAACCUAACUUUCCUAAUCUACGGAACUAAAUUUCCUAAUCUAUGGACCUUACUUUCCUAAUCUAAGGACCUAACUUUCUUAAUCUAUGGACCUAACUUUCCUAAUCUAUGGACCUAACUUUCUUAAUCUAUGGACCUAACUUUUCUUAGCUAUGAAACUAACUUUCCUAAUCUAAGUACCUAACUUUCCUAAUCCAUGGAUCUUACUUUUCUAAUCUAUGGACCUAACUUUACUAAACUAUGGACCUAACUUUCCUAAUCUAUGGACCUAACUUUCCUAAUGUAUGGACCUUACCCCUAAUCUAUGGACCUAACUUUACUAAAUUAUGGACAUAACUUUCCUAAUCUAUUGACCUAACUUUCAUAAUAAUAAGCAUUUUUUAAUUGCAAAAGUUGAAUCUAUGUCUAACUUUGACAAUUGCAGGGGUUCCUUGAAUCUAAGUCUAACUUUGACAAUUGCAGGGGUUCCUUGAAUCUAAGUCUAACUUUGACAAUUGCAGGGGUUCCUUGAAUCUAAGUCUAACUUUGACAAUUGCAGGGGUUCCCUGAAGAUGGUGAAUACCGGUACUGAGAACGGCUCUGACGACAAUCUGUCUACGUCACAUCAAGCCAUUUUAUUGGAGACCUCCAGAACUCAACAGUUACAUAAAGCUAAGACAUGUAAGUGAGAGACCUGUAGAGCUCGACAGUUACAUAAAGCUAAGACAUGUAAGUUAAAGACCUUCAGAACUCAACAGUUACAUAAAGCUAAGACAUGUAAGUGAGAGACCUGUAGAGCUCGACAGUUACAUAAAGCUAAGACAUGUAAGUGAAAGACCUUCAGAACUCAACAGUUACAUAAAGCUAAGACAUGUAAUUGAAAGAACCCCAGAACUCAACAGUUACAUUAAGCUAAGACAUGUAAGUGAGAGAUCUCCAGAUCACUACUGCUACAUGGACAAUGUACUCACUGCUACAAAAUGACAAAGUAAUAAUUGCUACAUUGACAAAUUACUCACUGCUACAUUGAAAAUUGCUUCAUUGGCAAACACAAAUAAAAGGGGGAAAAAUGCUUCAAAGCAAAAACUUAUUAUCUUAAGCUACGACUUCUUGGUUUAUCAGUAUGUACAUACAUGUUGUUAUUGGUUACCAUGGAGGUAGAAAAGUACCAAACGGUCAUCUCUCGUCAGCUGUUUGGAGAGUAUAGCACGAUCUUAACAGGGUAUUUCUUUGAUUUAAUUGCGUGUGUUGUUUUCUCCAUGUGUGUGGCUUCCAGCCCCAGGAACUCCGGAGUCGCAAAGGAACAAGAUCAACAGCAGCCCUAAAACUGCCCGGAAAAAUCAAAGUCUCCAGUCUCUCGGCAUGAGCCUGGUAAGGUCAAGGCUGAACGUGUUCUAUGUCCUGUGAUUGUCGGUUACUAUAGCAUCGAGUAGGAUUUUGUUACACAAUUAAGACAUCACAGUUGAAUGUGUAUGUGGGCUACAGGUAGCAUUUUGAUAAACAAGACAUCACAGUUGAAUGUUUAUGUGGACUACAGCUAGCAUUUUGAUAAACAAGACAUCACAGUUGAAUGUGUAUGUGGACUACAGCUAGCAAUUUGAUAAACAAGACAUUACAGUUGAAUGUGUAUGUGGACUACAGGUAGCACUUUGAUAAACAAGACAUCACAGUUGAAUGUGUACAUGGACUACAGGUAACAAUUUGUUUGACAAGACAUCACAGUUGAAUGUGUACAUGGACUACAGGUAACAAUUUGUUUGACAAGACAUCACAUUUGAAUGUGUACAUGGUCUACAGGUAACAAUUUGUUUGACAAGACAUCACAGUUGUAUGUGUACAUGGACUACAGGUAACAAUUUGUUUGACAAGACAUCACAGUUGAAUAUGAUGUGUAUGUGUACUAAAAUAGUUGGCACAUAACUAGACAUCACUUGCUGCAGUCGUGCAGGAAUUUGGAAUAAUUAACCUUUUAAUUAUUCAAAAUGUUUAUUUCCGGUUAGAGUUUGACCGGAAAAACCAUUGAAGAACUUUCAAAUGAUAUGACGUAUGUUAUGACGUAUACUAUGACGUCUACAUUUUUUGCGAUUUCAGGAUGAAAAGUCAACUUUGGAUAAGCCCAUCGAAAUUCUGAGACGACACAGCCUCGUUCCGCCCCCCACGGGCAACGCCCUGGCCCCUAACGGGCCCGCCAGCGCCACGAGCACCAGCAACAAUCCUACCAUCUCCAUCACCACAGAAGACCUCAGCCCGGACAGG